AUGAACGCUAUUCGGGUCGUUUUUCUUCUUUUUGCCGCUAUAAUUUUGAGUGUUGAGGUUAAUAAAAACCAUUUCAUCUUUAUGGGUAAAGAAUAUUUUUCAGUGUAAUGGACUUUGCCAAGAUUAUUUACGUUGUAUGGAGCAGCUUGAAGUUAAGCAACAUGAAUGCCUCGCUUUGGAGCGAAAUUUGAGGUAUUUUUUAUCCAUUUUCGAGUGUUUUUUUGUACUGUAAGAUUCUGUAAUAUAUUAUUUGUCCAUUAUGACCGAUAAUUUAUUUCUGAAAUUUGAUUUUCAAUCAGGAAGCUGUCAUUUCCGCUUUUCUUUUUUGAGAGAAGGUGAUUUUUCGUUUUUUCUUUGGAAUUUGGCGCUCCAAUUUUCUUAAUUCCAUCUCGAUCAAGGGAGAAAUUUUGAUUGUCAAAACUUAUACAUUCUUCAAUAAGAACCCGUUUUUUUUUUUGCUGAAUUAGCCACGCUUCUACAUUUUUUUCGAGUGUCUGGCAAGGAACAAAACAAAGAAGAAAACAAGAAAUUUGUGUUAAAAUCUGAAAAAUAUGAAAAAAACAACUAAGAAUGGGAAAAAUCAGCAGACAGGAAAUAUAGUUAAUUCGACGCCACCUUUUCACCUUUUUUCUCGAAGUGGCUAAAACCACAGUACGGAGCUCUUUUGAGCUCUCCGCUUCAAGACCAGCACGUUUCUGUGCUUUCGCUUUGAGACCUUUGACGAGAAAUUACAGUACUUUGGUUAGGAAAAAAACGUUAUAAAUGAGAGUACCUCAAACCCCUUACUGAACUUUUCAAAUCUGCGUUCAGAUCCCGGAGCAACACGGUCUGCUCGCGGAGCAAGUGGGACAAGAAGCUCGAGCUCAACGCUCUUCACAUGAGGCCUGACGUCAUAAAUCGAUGGAAUUCUAGAGAUUGAAAUUUUCAGAAGAGCCGAAAUGGCACGAGACUGUGUUCGGCGUAGCAUGACUGAUGCGGACAUUUCUGAGAGCACUCUUGACCCGGAUACGGUAGCUUUUAUUCGACUGUGUCGAAAAAUGGGUUGAUAUUGUUAGGGAUUAUCGUUAAGAGGUGUUUUAGCAGUGUUCUAGAAAAUAUUUGGUUCUGACUACUGUUACGGCUUUUUUCACUGUAAAAAUUGCUAAAAUCUUAAUACUUUUUAUCGAUAGAGCGAGUUUGGUCGACUAUUCUGAAGUCAGUUUCACUUAUAAUUCUUUCAAAAAGAUUAUAUAUUCAGAGAGAACACUGCGAUGCUCUACAUGACAGAUUCCAGUAUGCCCGAAAUGAAACGACGCCAAUUAGAAAAAAGAGGUUUUUUAUUUUCAGAAUUUGAAUGAGGAUACUUCUAGAAAAUCAAAAAUGCCCUUUUUGGUAUAACCUCGCAUUUCUUCAUCUAGAGAUUGGACUUAUUUUAGUCACUAAUGGUUAAAAUGAAGCUCCGGAGUUUGAAAAUAUGAGUCUUUUUCGGUUAGGGCGACUGGGAAGCUUUUUAAGAUGACAGAAAAAGUUUGAGACUUCACUGCGCAUCAACUAAGACUGCUACGUAUCUGUUCCAGAUCACCCAAAAGAAGUAAACGUGAUGCGAAGGAAUUCCCGGCAAAAGCUUUGGAAUGCCGAAAUGCCGCUCGAAUUUGGCAUCGACAGUGCUCAGCCUUGGCUCGGUGCUGUCCAUUGACAGCGGAGUAAGUUUAAUAAUCAUUUCUCGAAAACAAAUUUUCCUAAUGGGGUGAGGGAAAGUGUGCGACGCGUCAAAGUUUCUGAAUUUACGAAAAAAAAGUAAGUGCGCGCUUCGGAUAAAAUGACGUCAUUCUACGUCACAAAUUACAUGAGUAUUCAACGUUAAUAACUUGUUUGUUCGAUCGCCUUUGGCUGCGUAUUUGAGAUUUAAUAUUCGCGCCAAAUUUUUUUCUGACGUCUUCCCAUCUCGUUUGGGAACGUCGUGCUUUUUUGAAAAAAACAUUAGGAUUCAAAAAUUUUUGCGGAAUUCGAAGCUAGGAUUCGACCCUAGCCAAAACAAAUACCCACUCGACCAUGAAAGUCUUAAAAGAAAGAAUUAAGCUGCAAGCAAGACACAAAAGAAGUCAUGGAGCAAAUCUACGAGGGACGAGACCAUCUGCGGCGUCUCAAUGAAGAUUGCGCCAAGUAG